UCUCUCUUCUCUUUCUUCGUCUUCUUCUUCUUCGCCUACACCUCUCCUCUCCGUCCGUACAAUCCUAACCUUACCCCAUCCUCAAAAUCCUUCCAUUUCCAAAACCCUAAACCUCCACUCAAUCACCACGUCUUGGUGUUCCUCGAUUCCAAGUCUCAGAAGCCAACCCCAAAUCGGCUCCAAUUUCAACGUCCUUGUCGUACGCUGCGUUUCAUCUGUCCCGCAUGCAGACACAUUGGAGUGGAACGAGCCGCUCUCGUGCUCGGAGGUCGGCGAUGGCCACAAAGCGAUGGUGGACGAAAAUGCUAAGCCCUCUAUCCCUGUUAGAGCCUACUUUUUCUCUACCAGUGUGGAUUUGAGAAGCUUAGUGGAACAGAACAGGCUGAAUUUUAUCCCACCAACAUCGCGUAUGACUAAUUACGUUGUGUUUAGGUUCGGCGAGCCGUCGGAUUCUAACAAUGGUUUGGGUCUUAGUUUAAGUGGGAGUGACUGUUGCUACAUGGUAGUUUUUCAGUAUGGCUCCAUUGUCUUGUUUAAUGUCCGUGAACACGAGAUCGAUGGGUAUUUGAAAAUCGUGGAAAAACAUGCAUCAGGAUUGCUACCUGAAAUGAGAAAGGAUGAGUAUGAGGUGAGGGAGAAGCCAACUUUGCACACUUGGAUGGAAGGUGGAUUGGAUUACAUAAUGUUGCAGUACUUGAAUGUUGAUGGAAUCCGUACCAUUGGUAGUGUUCUUGGUCAAAGUAUUGCUCUUGAUUACUAUGUGCGCCAGGUUGAUGGAAUGGUUGCAGAAUUUACUGACAUUAAUCGUGAAAUGGAAACUACGGGAAAGUUUAAAAUGAAGAGGAAAAAACUAUUUCAGUUAGUGGGAAAGGCAAAUUCUAAUCUUGCUGAUGUGAUUCUUAAGCUUGGACUUUUUGAGAGAUCAGACAUUGCCUGGAAGGAUGCCAAAUAUGCCCAGAUAUGGGAGUAUCUCAGAGAUGAAUUUGAGUUAACUCAGAGAUUUGCAAGUCUUGAUUUUAAGUUGAAGUUCGUGGAGCACAACAUUCGCUUUCUUCAGGAAAUUCUUCAAAAUAGGAAGUCCGAUUUUUUGGAAUGGCUCAUCAUUGCGCUGAUAGGUGCCGAAAUUCUUCUAUCUCUGUAUGACAUUGUCCACCGAUCGGCACUUGCUACGCUUUAGCACUAACGAUCAGUGACCCAUGAGGUCAAACAUGCCCUUAUUGAAUGUCCUGGUCUUUGUAUAUUUUACUGUCCCCUUCAAUUUUGCUGCUGCGGCUUACACUUCUCAUACAUACCAAUUAAGUUGAUCUUAUAAUUUGAUGAUCAUUGAAUGUUA